AGGAUAGUUCUCUUUUUUCCAUUAGCACUUGAAAGCACCAGAGAUUGAGACGUGCUCUCUGUCCCACCUCUGACGCACCGGUCAGGGGUGUCAGGGCUUCCGUAGCCAUGGCUGAAUCCCAGCUUAUGUGCAUGGAGGACGGGCACAUCGGUGUCAAAGUCCCGGAGUCCAAGCCGGAGUUCUACUACAGCGAAGAGCAGCGUGCUGCCAUCGAGGAGCUGCUAAAGAAUGGCGACGGCGCCUUCAAGACGCGACUCAAGGAAGACAACGCGAAAGACUUUUUAUCCGCGAGGGAAGUUAAAGUUCUCGUGAGCACUUUCAAACAAUAUGACUCUAAUGAUACCAGCAGCAACAGCAGUAGCAGCAAGACGGCGGAACAGGGAGCCUCUGGAACCGACGCAGACUCAGGGGUUCAUUCUACCUACUGGCCACUGAUGUCGGACACCGAGGUCCCGUCGCUGGACAUCGGCUGGCCCAGCGGGGGGUUGUUCAAAGGGGUGACCCGGGUGGCCGUGCACACCCACCCACCCAAAGACAACGGACCGCACAUCAAGGAGGUGGUACGGCGGCUCAUCCAGGAGGCGAGCAAGGUCAUCGCCAUAGUGAUGGACAUGCUCACAGACAUCCACAUCCUGCAGGACCUGAUGGAUGCAGCUUGCUGUCGGUCUGUGCCUGUCUACAUUGUGUUGGACGACCAAGCUGUUCCUCACUUCCUGGACAUGUGUUCCAGGCUUCAGAUUGGCUCGCAGCACCUCCAGUUCAUCCGAGCAAGAUCGCUUCAAGGAGUUGGCUUCAAUAUGUCCUUUGGUAAACUCCCUGGUUCGCUUUCUACUAAAUACAUGCUGGUGGACGGAGACAAAGUUGCAUUUGGCUCUUACAGUUUCUCCUGGUCUGCAUCCCGGAUGGACCGAAACAUGAUCACUGUGAUGACGGGGCAGGUGGUGGAUGUCUUCGACAGAGACUUCCGUGAGCUGUACGCCAUAUCAGAGAAGUUGGACCUCUACAAGGAGUUUCACGUCAGCCCCCCUGCUGCCAACGCGACCGCCACAAUUCGCUCCAAGCUGGAGCCAAAACGCCCUCCGUUACCGGCGACCACGUCCCGUUUCCAGGUGAGCCUCGGAGACUCUCGGAAUGUUGAAAUCCAGGUUCCUGCCCACAAAUACUACAACCCCAAAUACUCGCUGCUGUUCAGAGGUUCUCCACUUCCUGCAAGAUCUCUGCAGGACGAACGAACAAAGCCGGGUCUCACAGAUGUUUGCGAAGACGAGGGAAGGCCUCGAGUGGCCAGCAGUCUUAAGCUGGAUCGGCAGAGUCCGUUGCCCUCAGAGGCCCCAAGUGAGAACUUAAAGACACCAAACAAAGUAUCUGUGGGGAAAAAGAGAGGCUUAACCUGGAAGUUGUCGAGGAAAAAAUCUCCGAGUAAGCUUUCGGUUAAAAAUACAGGGAGUCCUUCACCGACAGAGACUCAUCCCGAAGAAUUGGAAGACGGUGCCACCGUGGUUGUGAUAAGCCCAACCAGAGGGAGUAAGAAGCUUCCUAAACUGGACCAAAGAACAUUGUCUCAGCAAACUGUCAACACGUCACAUGACAGAGAAAGUUUGAAGAGUCGUCGUCAUGGAAAAUCAGGAUGUAAAGCAUCCUAACGUACAGUUUCAUGUUGUUAAAACAGAUGAAGACAUAGAGCGUGUGUGAGACACUGCAGUGUAACGCACGUUUGAAUGAAGACCAGAUGAAUGUCCAGUCCUUCAGGGGUUGAUCUACUGGCUUCACAUCUGGAGCCUGAAGUAUCAUGAGGCUGAUCUGGCAGAAUCUCUGGAAUCACACAUGUAUUGAGGCCUUUGAACCCACCUUGUUAGGGAUCUGGAUUUGUUUUUUAUUUUUCUUGCAAACAUGGGGAAGUUUUUAAAGUUGUCCAGGGAAUGAUUUUAUGUCACCUCUUUAUCUAAAUUGCAGAAUAAGAAAAACCACAUUUAUUCCUAGAGAGAUAUUAGUUUGGUUUCAGAUUUAAAUUAGUUGCGAUGAAUUGCAUCUGAAAAUGUUUUUCAGAUCUAUUCAGCCACGUUGACUCUUCAAAAUAUAUCAAGCAUAUAUUUCUAUGACGAGUCCUGGUUUGCAACAAAGUUUAUACACAGCUGAUAUUGCUGCUAACAGACUACAGAUUAGAUUUGUAUUUAUUGAAUCGGGUCAUUUUUACUUUUGCCCACAUAUAUGAUUAUGUGCUGAACGAUGACUCCACGCGCAUUGCCUUUCUUUGUCGUUGGUAGAUAGAUUACGUUAAGAAAAUAGAAUCAGUAUCUGCUCAAUUAAUUUUUCUAACAAUGGCAAAUAAUUUAAAGUAGAGGUGUUUAAAGAGACAACGACCUGCUUUUUAAUGCUAAAGAUGACCUCAUCUUGAGUUACCACACAAAAUAAGUACUGAAGUUUAAUUUCACGUUUUUACCCAGAAUCCUCUGUCGUCUUUUCAGCAACAUGAUCAGCCUUUACGGUAUUUUUCUUGAUUCCGGACAGUAAUACAUAAAUAAAAGUUUCCUUUUAUUUGAAGUAGGCAGCCCUCGUUUGGAUGGUGUGUGUUUACAGUGUGUGAAAGCUCAUGAUAGCGUUCGUGUUUUUUUUUUUUAUGAGAGAACUGCUUACCAUCAGAUUAAAAUCAUGUUGGUGACAGGAAGAGGCGACAGAGCAACAGAUGUCAGCUGAUAGAAAAGCCUGUGUGAAAAUUUACACAAACUCAACAACACGGCUGGUUUUAUUUCUUUGCACUUGAAAUAAAACCACUGCAUUAAGUUAUGCUAAACUUUAAAAAAAUGCAUACUGUGAUGAGCUUUAACAGACUUUUGACUCUUUUUGCACAAGUAACUUUGAACUUUUUUGAUUUUUGCACUACAUUUUGAUUCAGUCAUAGUAGAAAACAAGAAAUCCUCAAAGUCUUAACACUUAAACAAACAGAGGGGGUGGAAACGAGCUGAACAGACAUUGUCUUACCCAUUUAGUGGCAUGUUGGGUUGUUGGAUAUAGACAAAGAUUUGUUGCCUGUCAUUUAUUGUUUUUGCAUGUUUCAAUAAAUCUCUUAUCCACUAUGUCUUUAAUGCACUAAUUAAUUUUGGUGUUUUGUUCCUUAUCUUAUUUUACGUUUGAAUUUUCCACGGAUUCUUGACUGAAAGUUUUCCAUCCAGUUCGCUUCAGUUUUUUUUCUUAAGCACCAUUUGUUGUGACAACAAAUGUCGUCACAAAGCAGUUUGCAAAAAAAUUAUUUCAAUUCAAUC